AUGGACAUGGUCCUUCCGGCAGCCGACCCUUCCGAAUUCGAGAAGCUGCUGCCAAGGCCUUAUACCAGCGGGGCAGUGUCUGCCUUUUCUGCGGAAGCAAUGUUUAGCACAGAGAAUUCCAUUUACAGCACGCGGCCUUCGACCAGUGCAUGUUCUCUCGGUGCACAGACUCGGGCUAGCUCCAGAAGUCUUCGUCCUAGGCCUUGGUGUCAGACCAGCCGAAGACGAAAUGAAGGGUCUAGAAGUAACCACGGGGGUUUAUCCUCAAGAAGUCUGGGCGGUUCGCAGACACCGCUGCAAAGAGAUCGGCGGGGAUAUGAGACGUUCGAGCAGCUGCUCCAGCCUGGAUGGCGCACACCUGCCGAGCUGCAAGAGAUCCUGGCCCCCAAGCAGGUCAACGAGAAUUCGAGGCGAGACUCGGAAGAUGACGAUGCGGAUGCGCGCGGAAGGUUGCCCUACGGGAAGAACAUAACUUUCCUGGAUGAAAAGCGCGGCGCCGUGGUUCUUGGAGUAGGGAAGACCAUUUGGGGAGCGCAAAAACAGAUGGAGGCUGAUGCAAAGGAGAAGCCUUUGUAUCAGCAAAAGCGGAAUGCCCUCAAACAAGCGCAGACCCACAGCCCUUUCGCGAUGCGGGGGGAGCUGGAGCCUCCUCCAGAUGAGAGCUCCUCCGCAACUUCAUCUGAUGAUGAAGAAGGAUCUUCUUCCUCUGACAGCGUCGACCCAAUGCUGGAAAGCGACAUCGGUGACCUGCUACCUCAAAAGACAGCCGGCUGGGCAAACACUUUCACGGGAGCAAAGGAGAAAUCGAUGUCAAGAAGAGGAGGCCUGGAUCAGGAAAUGAUUGCCAUGGCGGAGUUUGCGGUGGCAGCCCAGCAGGCAGCCAUGCGAGAAGCCCAAGAAGCUCAACUUCCGGUGGAGGUGCUUCCCGGAGUGUACUUCGGACAUUUGGAAAGCCCGCGGUCUACGCUGUUGCCAAGGACUCCGAAGGUCGGUCGCCUGCAGAAGCUCGAGCACAGCAAGCUUCAGCAAGACAAUGUACAUCAGAGGAAGCUCCUGUCUUUGCCUCAUCAGGACCGCGACUACGAGUAUUUCAGGAUGGACUUCAUGCCCAAAAUGGAGGAGCCCAAGACAUCUGCCACGGGGACGGGCAGGCGGAAGAUGGCCUCAACUUGGGACGCAGGCAAGGAGCCGCAGCAGAAGGGGCCGCUGAGCGCUGAGGAGGAGGAGCGCAUCAAGGAGGAGAAGGCACAGUAUGAUGACUGGCGCAGGCAAGUCCUACUGUGCGCGCGCCACCUGAACACCCACAUCAACCGUUUUGAAACGUUUCUUUCGGUGGCUGUGGACUGCACAUUCCAGCCGCUUGGCACCUGCUACAGUAGUGAUCAUCACCCGCCGGUCACAGCCACCACGCUGGCGAGCACCAGCAAUUCACAUCGGUUCUGCCCCUUUGCGCAGCGAGCUUGGAUAGCUUUGGAAGAAAAGGGUGUGGCGUACCAGUACGUCGCCAUUGAACCGUACCAGGAGGAUGCUAGUAAGCCUGGGGGAUACUCGAAAAAUCCGCUUCCACUGGACGGGAAGAAAAGACGCUAUCCAGACUUCAUGGCAUCGAGUCCGAAGGGGCUGCUGCCUGCAAUUGAGUACGCCCAAGCAGAUGGUUCGGUGCACCGAGUCCACGAGUCUAUGGUUUGCGUCGAAUAUGUCGACGAGGCAUUACCGGGGCCUUCAUUGAUGCCGAGCCUGUCGCGCCCUGAAGCUCGUGCUCGCGUUCGCAUUUGGUGCGCGUAUGUUGGUGAGAAGAUUAUUCCUCAUUUCUAUCGGCUACUGAUGCGCGAGACUGGAGAUGAGCGCCAAGCCGAAAAGAAGAACCUGUUAGAUGGCUUACUCGUCUUUGCCCAAGCAAUGGAUCCCGUUGCUGAUGGAAGAGGGUUUUUCCUUGGCGAGGAGUUCACCAUGGUGGAUGUUGCCCUCUGCCCUUGGUGGACGCGAUUCCGCAGCAUUGCUGGCACUUACCGGGGGUUUGAGGUUCCUCGCGGUGGCGACUGGGACCGUCUGCAUGCUUGGGGCAAUUCGUGCGAGAAGCGGCCAUCAGUAGCUAGAACCAUUUUGGACCAGAACCGUCUCAUUGCAAACUACACCGGCUAUGCAGAUGCUUCUGCAACGUCUACUGUUGCACAAACGCUGGCUGCAAAGGCGAAGUGA